AUGAUACUUCUAUUCAUUAUCUCACAACUAGCAGUCGCUAUAAUAGCUAAUUCGGUUCAUAAGUAUCCUUACGUGUUUCUUCUUGAUGUGGGGAAUGAAGAAAUACAGAACUUAAACACAGAACAAAUAAGAUUUACUAUAUCAGGUGGCUCUCUAGCGAUAAAAUAUCCUGCUACUGGAGAAGGAGAUACUAUCAGGCAUGUGAGAGUAAGUGGAAUAGAUUUCGGUACAAAUCUUAAAGCAAGUAUUGUCCAAGGCGGUCCUGGAUACAAAUACGUCGUGUUAGUAUUUUUAGGUAAUCCAGGUGUUUCCUACAAUGCUGUUGUGACACUACAAACUGAAUCAAACGUUGAUAGUUCUAAUAUGAACUCCGAUACAGAAAAUAAAAGCUCAGAUUCUAAUGAUAGUGCCGAAGAAACGGAUGAUAGCACCCAACAAAAAACUACGUAUUCAGAGAAUGCACUUAUAACGCAGUCAAGUUCAAAUGUCUAUAAGUAUAUUAAUAGCGGACACUCUGACGUCAACGACAAUGAUAAUGACAAUGGUGAUGAAACGCAGAAUAAUGAUGAAGAGGAAGGUGAUAAUGAAGAUGAUAAAGAUCAAAGCAAUCAAGAGAAUAGUGAUGAUGAUAUUCAAAGUGGAACUUAUUUAGAGAGUGAUAAUUCUGAAAAUACAGCUGAAAUUAAACCAUUAGGUAGUCAAAAUGAUGAACGAUAUGGGAAAUAUGAAGCGUUUAAACCUGUGAUCAUUGGCGGUGUAAGGUUUUAUCCUCAAGCCGCUAUUUAUUCUCAAGAUGGAUAUAGUAAGCCAAUAUAUGAUCAAGAAAAUCAUGUUGAUGAUGAAGAAAAUGAGCAAAGCAAUGAUAAUAUAAAUGACAUAGAUUAUAAAGACAGCAACAAUAAUUUAAGUUCUGACUAUGUAUCACCUGUUGAGUAC